UAUGAUUCCCGGCUCUCACCCGGGCGGCCCGGGUUCGAUUCCCGGACUGGGAACGGUUGUUGUUAAAUAUAUUCAUAGACUAGGUCAAAGAACUAAAUGUCAUAGUUGUUCAAGAUUGAACGGAUAUGAACUUAGUGCUGAACAUAAGCUCAUUGGAGAUUUGUUAAAUGAGUACGAUAGAGGACAUAGAUCAGCCAGACCAUUAAGAGAUUCUACUCAUGCAUUACAGUUAAAUAUGACUUUGUUCUUGUUACGUUUAAUAGACUUGGAUCCUAAGGAAGAGGUGAUGACCUCCAUCGUUGAAGUUCACUACAGUUGGAUUGAUGAAUUUUUAACAUGGAAUAAAACAAACUAUGAUAAUCUGGAUAUGAUAUCAAUAAAUAUUCACGAAAUUUGGAAACCUAGUGUUAUCGUGACAAACUUAGUUGAACCGAAUAAGAAUUUCUAUCCAAUUGAUCAAGCUAUUGUUCAUUCAUCUGGUAAAGUUUUCCUCGAGCAAAUAGAGAUUCUUAAAACGUUUUGCGAAGUAGAUAUUACUUAUUUCCCUUUUGAAUAUGAGACUUGCGAACUUAUCUAUGGAAAUCUAGUACACGAUAGUGACGCUGUACACAUAAAUUACGUUCCAUAUAGGAACGAUUCAUACGAAGGAUUUCACGGAUUUUCCGACAAAGAAGACGAGUGGCAAAUUCUUGAAACUAAACAUACUAUUUAUAGAAAUUAUUCAAAGGCAACAAAUCUGAACAAGCAUUUUACUGUAAUGAUAUUUUCAAUAAGCUUAAAAAGAAACGCCGUGUUUUUGGUUAUUGUAUUGUUUCUUCCUUGUUUCCUAUUGAUAUUCUUAAACCUCUUAUCGACAUUUAUUCCACCAAACUCAACCGAAAAAGUUAAUUUGGCUUUAAGCGUUUUCCUGAGCUAUUUUGUACUAUUGCUUAUUGUUAUGGAUCAUAUACCAUUGGGAAGGAGGGUACCUGCUGAGAGUUAAUUAGUGCAAGUUCCGUUAUUAUUGCAUUGAAUAUUAUCACCUCCACACUUGUAUAUAAUAUUGCGCUAAAAGGAGAUAGGGAUGCAAAAGUUCCCGAAAAGAUUAAGAGGAUAGUUGUCAAAUUGAGAAAAUAUUUACUCAUUCCGGUAAAUUACUACAUUUCUGAUGAUGGAUAUGAAAUUUCUGCCGAUGAGCAAAUUCAUCUUGAAGCCUUUGAUGAAGAGGAAACAAAGAUGCAACGUACAAUUAGAUUAGCAAAAAAGAAUCGCGCUAAUUGGUUAUUAUUAGCAGCAGUUGUCGAUAGAUGUCUCUUCUUUGUUUAUCUUAUAUCGAAUAUCCUAAUAAGUAUAUGUAUAUUUUUAAGUCCAAUAUAGAUUAAAUACUGAAAUGGAGAAAACGGGUAUUCAUAUGAUAUAGAUAAAAGAAGUUCUGCAUUGUAGUGUUCUCGGAAGUAUUCAUUCAAUUUAGAAUGUUUUGUUAACAACUAUCCUA